UUUUGAUUGGAUCAUAUCCUUCCCGUGAUCCCUGGAGGUGGAAGCCGGGUACCUGCCGAUCCACUGCUAGGCUGAACAGCUUUGAGCUCCAGCAACACGGAACAGAAUAUCAGUCUGCCUCCCCGUCCUUCUGUUGUGUGCUUCGUGGACAUUUAAACGACAUAAGGUAGGCGUUUGUUAUGUGUCAUUUAAGGCCAUAUACUCGUGAAGUAAUUCGCGACGUAAUGUUAGCUGAAGACGAUCUUCAUUGACGUACUCUACCGGUGUUGUGGUUUAAUAUGUUACCCUAAACUGGCGGCUUCCAGUCGAAUACACUUGUGGUUACAACCGCAAACAUCCUUCCGGCUGCCUUUUUAUUUGGUGUUAAUUAAAAACAUUUCCAAUUAGUAUAACUUUAAACCACACAAAAAAGAUUAAACAAAAGAGCAAAGUAACAUGGUGUCAGUUUAACUGCUGUCAUAAAUACGGCAACCGUAGAAAGUCACCACUUGACAGGGUCACACUUAGAACCGAAACACCGGUUAACCACAGUUAGGCCAAAAACGUUAAAAUAUAACGAAAAUUAAGCAAGUAAAUGACUUAUUUGCCAUAUUCGCGUGAAUAUAACACAGGCAUGGGGGAUUUUUUCAGAAACAAUGAAAAACUGACAUUCAGAAUGCCAUUAAGGGCCAUAGUUUAAUGAAAAUCCUUCCUGUUUUCUUGUGGUAUUGUGUCAUUUCUUGUGUCAUUUAAAGCACUAUGAAACGAUGUGGUAACGGUUUGCACUCUUCGUUUGGCCUUUAGCCGGACUGCCUCUGUGUUUGAAAAGUGUCCUCCCAAUCAUGCGAUCAUCAUCAUGUCUGUCCACUUAUGUAACAUUUCCAAAAAUGGCAAAAAUGCCCAAGUUUCGAGGCAUUUCAGAAUUAAAAAGUGUCAUUAAUCGAGGAAAAUCAUGGGAAUAAACAUACAUGCAUACACCGAAUAGGGUCCCAUCUUUAUAAGACACACCCUGUUAGAUAUUUAAUCUGUUUUUUUAAUUAAAGCUGCAGACAAAGUGGACUCAGGGUGGAUUAAGUUAGAGUGCAUUGGUUAAUCAUGUGCAGCAGGGUGGUGGUUUAAGGUGAUCACAGAGUUUACAGAGUACAGCAUGAAUGCUGAGUCACUGCUCUGACUGCUCCAGUUUUAUCAUAUGAAUGAAUUCAUUCAUUGAUACUGUAGUAACACACAAAGAGAUUUCUUCAGCUGUGGUAUCAGUGUCACUUAUUUAAGAGCUGCAGCCACUACAUUUUCAGCUGAAUUACUGUGUUUUUUUACAUUUUUUUUUCAUGCAGAACAUUUUCUUUUCAUUGAGUAGUUGUAAGAAACUCUUUAUUCAGCAGUUUCCACGUUACACCCAGUUUACUACAGGAUAAUAAUAUGUGUAGUAAAUACUUAGCAGUCUUUUGGCCAAGUUGGCACAUUUCCUAGAUGUGUAAUGCUGAAGUUAAACUCAAGCUCUAGCUGAUUACUGAUCAAAUCACAUUAACCACACACUACACAGUAAUAGUAAAUUUAUGGCACUCCAAAAAUCACUUAAUCAGUCUUUUACCUUGUAGGUGUUUUUUUUUUUCAUCACAAGACUUUUGCACUUUUGCACAUAGUAAAGGAUGGCACUAAUGUGACCUGAAAGUAUCUCAUAGUAUCUCUAUUUGUCUCUCCUCUCCAGCUUCAUCAUGUCUCAGAAGAUUAAGGCCGGCUCGGUGGUGGAGAUGCAGGGAGACGAAAUGACUCGUGUCAUCUGGGAGCUCAUCAAGGACAAACUCAUCUUCCCGUACCUGGAGCUCGACCUGCACAGGUGAGGGGACACCUGUAUAAGACACCCUGCUUAGACCAGGGAUUCUGGGCUCUUGAUCUCCUAGCAGGAAUGACUUAAUGAAACUGAUUCAAGAGAAAAGGAUGUGGGAGUUCCUGCUGUGCUGGGGUGUCUGGCUCUUCUUGUUUAUCCUGAUACCCCCAAUGGAGAUUAGGGAAAGCUGAAAAUCAACUAUAUAAUUAGCCACCAAUAAGAAGGAGUUUGGAGGCUGAGGACUCCACCCAUAUCCACAACAAAGGAUCUCCACACAGCAGCAGUCGGUGUAUUACAUAACCUCAACUAUGCUGGUAGAUGUUAGAUACAUGUUACAAUCUCUGUGAGAGUUAAUGGCCCUGCUACAACCUCCAACCUUACUGUGGAGGCUUCAUAAAGGCUUCGAUUUCAACAGCUGAUUGGCUGCUGUUCUCAUAUUUUUAAUUUAUGGAAAAAUGAGACAGUUUCCUUUUUGUCCCUCCAACCUUCAGCCUACCUCUAGACAAGCAAACACAAAUCCACAUCUAUAUAAUCAAAAGGUCAAUAUUUACCAUCACCAAUCAGCGCACUUACCCCUCAUGUUAUCUCUUGUGCGUACUUUGAUCUCUGCGUUAUAUUUCAUCUACUAACCUUUAUGAAAAGUCCAAGUAAAUAAUAUUCCCUUUACUUUAAAUGAAUCUUAUCUAAAUCUGAGACUCAUAACCUUCAUCAUAGAUAUCUCAGUAAGACAGAUAUGAAACUUUUUAAGAGGGUUUUUUCCUACUCUGUUGUUUUGACUCGUAUAAGUUAAUAUUUAUCUCGCAGCAUGUUGUGCACAUUUGCUUUGAUUUGGUGUUGAAAUAACUAGUCGAUCGUAAACAGACCUUGCAUGAUCAGGUGGAUAAAACUUAUUGUGAGUCAGUCUGUCAGUGUGUACUGCUCGCAUACGUGAUGUGAGAGUGUCUCUGAGGGCACAGAUUAAAUCUGAUUCAGGUUUUCUCUGUCAGGGAGCGAAGGAGGAAUGCACCUUCCCUCUUGUUAAACCUGAACCUGUUUGUCAGAGAUCUCUCUCUCUCUCUCUUUGUCUUUCCUCAGUGGUGUGUUUCAGUUGUUAAGGGUUGUGUUGUUGUGGUUUGGUCUUGGCCUUUGGGGGAAGGGAAAAGGAUAAGUGGGUAAAAGGUCACAUCUGCCGUUUCCAAACAAUGCCAAACUGUGCACGGGACAAACUUACAAGCUAAUACUUCAGGGGAAUGAUAAGCACAUUGAGCUCAGUCUAGAUUUCAGUUGUAGUACACCUCUUUCUCUGAAUAGUUACAUAGUUGAUCACAAGUGCCACAAGUGCAGCUAGCUCUCUUGUAGUUGUAAUUGCACAAUCGAUUCCUUGUUUCCCUCAUCUUUGAGUCUUUGUGUUACGGGCUGGUUUUGCACAUCUCUGUCCCUGUCACAGGCUUCAAAAGAAGAAGAAGAGUCAGCUUCUCUCUGUGACAGAAGUGGGGCAGGAGGUUAAUGUCUUUUCUUGAUCCCGACUCAUAACAUACCAGCCGAGAAAUAAAGGAAAUGAAGCUGUUUGAGUUAUCUCUGUGGAUGUCGAAAUCUCCCUUUUGACUCAGAGCUGUUGUUCCACACUGCAGCCGUUCUGUGUUUUAUCAUUCACUGAGCAGCUUCUAGACGACUAAAACAUCAACAUAUGUUCACUUUGAGAUCGGCUGCAGGCCUCUGUGCAGAUCUGGACACUGAAGCGUAAAUAAUCACUGCUCUUCUUGUUUAUGGUGCCAAAUUCCUCUGCGGUUAGGAUCAUAAAUGGACCCCAUCUUUGUUUGGUCCAUUUCAUCCCCCUUGUGACUCUGAUGCUCACAAAACUGCUGACACUGACUGUUUUUGUGUUUGUUGCUCUAUUAACUGUCCAAAAUCUUAAGAAAACAUAAAGCACUGUUUCCUAAUGGUUACUGUUAGAUCAGAAGAGCCUAACCCUGUCUGAGAAGCUUGAGAAUGAUACACCAAGUUUACUAGUAUUCGACUAACUAAUAAUAUUAAACUCUUUUUGUGCACAGCUACGACCUCAGUAUGGAGAACAGAGAUGCCACGGACGACAAGGUGACAGUCGAGGCGGCAGAGGCGAUCAAGCUCUACAACGUCGGAAUCAAGUGUGCCACCAUCACACCGGACGAGAAGCGUGUGGAGGAGUUCAAGCUCAAGCAGAUGUGGCGUUCCCCCAACGGAACCAUCCGUAACAUCCUGGGAGGAACCGUGUUCAGAGAGGCCAUCAUCUGCAAGAACAUCCCCCGUUUGGUGCCCGGCUGGCUCAAACCCAUCAUCAUUGGAAGGCACGCCCACGGAGAUCAGGUCAGUCUAGAUAGAAUGACUUCUAGCUGUCCAAAAUUUGGUGUGUAAGAUACGCAUCUAUUACUGUUUUUGACAUAAAAAGUGAGUUGCAGCUUAAACACUAGUGUGACUGCAAACUGGUGUGAAAGUAGAGUUAUGUUUUCCAUGGUUUGAGGGUUUUCUUGCCUGAAGAUAGUGCUGAAAGAAGCAAGCUGCCACUUAGCCUUGCAAAGCAUGAUGGAUACACAGUGAGGCGGUCACCUACCCGCUCAUUUUCUAACAUAAAUCAUCAUUUUAACUGAGGAUUCGUUUCCAGGAAAUCGCCGUGUCAAGCACACCGUUGAUUUGACGCGCUCACGAAUGAGUUCAGAGCGUUCAGGUCCUCAGGUUAUCAGCAGAGACCCCUUCAGUAAUCAUAUUUCAAAAGCCGUCCUUUGGACCAUAAGCUCAGCCCAUACAGUUAAACAUGUUACAGCAGCAUUCAGGAGUAAAUCACUGUUAGCCUGUGGCGUUCUGCCAGAAUCAACAACUCCUCUCUCAGAGGAGAUAAACCAGGUGAAAUGUCAAAGAGCUGAGAGUUACGUAAUACUCCUGCAUGUCAGAGGUAUGAAUGUUUGAAAUUGAGCUGUCAGAAAAGAACAGGUGAAGACAGAGUUUUGCUCAGGUGUUUAUAACUGUCUCUGUGGUUACAAGUGGAUCAAACAGCAGUGGUGCUUUCUAAUAAAAUUUAUAUUAACUUAUAGUUUUUCUCUCCACAGUACAAAGCAACAGACUUUGUGGUCCCUGGUCCUGGAAAGGUUGAGAUGACCUACACGCCGCAGAAUGGAGAGCCAGUUAAAUAUCUGAUCUACGAGUUCCCGGGUAAGAAUACACACAGAUCUGUUCACUGACUGCCUGAGAUAAUCUGGUUACUCAGGCCGGACGGUAAAAUGAUCCUACCAAACAAAAAAGCCUGUACUUGAUACUUUUUUAGAGCUCGUGUGAAAAGCAAAAAGCCAGUAGUAGAUGUCACGAAAUACUUGAGGGUUUUAUUUGUGAAAUAAAAAGUUUUCUCUUCUUUUCUCUCAAAACAUAAAACCUUUAUUCCAAUAACAUUCACUCCUUUAUUCAAUUAAAUGUUUUUAUUACUUAAUAAGAGAACAGGAUUAUUCAUAUACACGAAGAGAUCAGCAAAGAGGUAAAAAAUCCCACUUUGUCCACAAGGGGGUGCCAAAAUAGAACUUUUUGAAGAAUUUAAUCACUUAGAUUACUUUACCUACCUUAUCCCCAAACCUACUGCUGAUUUUAGCCAGCUGUGAUAUAUCAAUCUGGUUGUGAUGCAAAUGUACCUCAUGUUUGGAUUUCUGUUCAUGCAGAAACGGGUGGUGUCGCCAUGGGGAUGUACAACACAGAUAAGUCCAUCACAGACUUUGCACACAGCUCUUUCCAGAUGGCUCUGUCCAAGAUCUGGCCUCUGUACCUCAGCACCAAGAACACCAUCCUGAAGAAGUACGACGGGCGCUUCAAAGACAUCUUCCAGGAGAUCUACGAGAAGUACGCAGUUUUAAUAAUUCACAUGCAGAAUAGUUCGAACAUGCAAAGCAUCUCAUAAAUCACUGCUUUAACUGUGCUGUCCUCUUUUUGUGUGCAGGGAAUACCGCCCCCAGUUUGAGGCUAAAGGCAUCUGGUAUGAGCACCGUCUGAUUGACGACAUGGUGGCCCAGGCCAUGAAAUCUGAGGGGGGCUUCAUCUGGGCCUGCAAGAACUACGAUGGAGACGUGCAGUCAGACUCUGUGGCACAAGGUCAGUGGAGAGAAAACGCUUCAUUCAGGGGUUAUGAAAACCCACGCUGACUCCUAUUUAAGUGGAAAACUACACUCUGUGACUCUGUUCCAGGUUAUGGCUCUCUGGGUAUGAUGACCAGCGUGUUGAUUUGUCCUGAUGGAAAAACAGUGGAGUCUGAGGCUGCACAUGGCACAGUGACCCGUCAUUACAGACAGCAUCAGCAGGGGAAAGAGACUUCAACCAAUCCUAUUGGUAAAUAACACGCACAAAAUUCAGCAUCUAAUACUCCCCCAACUAUAACCCUGAAAAACUCAGCUUCCUUUCAUUUUAAUGUUUGUUUGCCAUGUUGUCCUAAAUCCUCUCCUUACAUGGGGUGUUCUUAUUUUCUGCAGCCUCCAUCUUUGCCUGGACGCGGGGUCUGCUCCACCGGGCGAAGCUGGACAGCAACACAGAGCUGCGAGUGUUUGCUGAGGCUCUAGAGGCGGUUUGCAUCGAGACCAUCGAGGCUGGCUUCAUGACAAAGGAUUUAGCUAUCUGCAUCAAAGGACUGCCAAAGUGAGUCUGCAGUAUCUUACUCUCACAGCGAUCCAGCUGUGUCUGUGAGGAUAUCAUCAAUCAUCUUUAAUGUUUCACACUCUUACCAGAUGCAUUCCUGAUGAAGCCAUAGAGAUUUUUAGGAGUUUAAUGCAUGCAUAAAAGCAGCUUUGAGGUGUAAUUAACUCUUCUCCAUGUCCUUUUUUUCAGAGUGACACGUGCAGACUACUUGAACACCUUUGAGUUCCUGGACAAGCUUGCAGAAAACCUGAAGCUUAAGCUCGCCAAGCAGCCCAAACUGUGAUCUCUCCUCUAAGCCUGACCAGUUAAAAACCACAGACACACUUUCAAACACACGCACACAGAGAUAUCCACACAGAUACUGGAACCAACGCUGGAGAAAAAAAUGGAUUUUUGCCCUAAACUCCAGGAGACUGAGUCAUUCCCCGGCUGAGGGGUCUGAUCAUGUAGGGUGCCUUUUUCUAGAAGGAGUUCUAACAGAGGCCAUCUUUUCCUAUUAAUGCAUCACCAGAAUACCUGAUGCCUCGGUGAUCUUGUUUACCCUGAUUGCACUGGGUGAGUGUGUAUGUGUGUGUGUGUGUCAGUAUUUGUUGGUGAUCUGUGCUCGGCAGGGGCCAGAAUCUGUCUGAGGGAUCCUUCAGUCCCUCAAUGCCUUACUCGUUUUAUGUCAAAGUCAUCGGUUGAUUCUCGUUUCCUCCUUCUGUCUUGUGAACUUUUAACAAUACCUCAGGCAGCAUUUCUAGUUUUAGUGUCAGAUAACAGUGUUAGCUGAGAUUCACUAAUGUAAUUUAACUCGCACAAACACAGGAAACACUGCUUAAUGUCAUGAUUUAUAGAAUUAAAUUAAGAGCUCUGAUUCAACUACAACAAACACUGCUUUUAGAGUUUGUACUCUUCUUUUUAUCAGUCACAGUUGUUAAAGAGGUGUAUUUAUUUGUCCUCUCUGUCUGUGUGUUUUGUAUUAACCAUCAGUCCGUCAAUCAUUCAUAUCCUGCCAAAAAAAAAGUCUUCAUGAAGUUGUUUUAGCUAUUGGUUUGUAAUCAACAUCAUGCAUGUCCAUUCUUAAUAUGACGACUCGUAAUAAAUGAGUUUUUGAAGUAAAAA